UUUACUUGUGUUGCGAUUUGUUAGAUCUGAGAGAGAGAGAGAGAGAGAGAGAGUUAAGCUGCGAUAUCCAAUGUCUCCUGCAUGCUACUUGAAGCCUCAAGAAGAACAACUGCAACAGUUGAAUUACAAUGAGGAGGGGAUGGGUGACAAUGGCGCCGAGCUCGGCCUAUCGAACAUGGCUAAAAUGGAUCUGCAUCCAGUCUGCUUUAACCUGCUUCCGUGGGAUCAUGCCUCGUCAGCGUGGUUUUCUCCUCCGCUGGAGCUCAAUCGGCAAAGGAAGAAGCAGCGGACCACCAACAGCGUCGCGGCCAUCACCGUCGUCGGGGGAGAUGAUGUUGAUGACGACCGCUCGGAUUACGCCCGGAAGCUUCGUUUCCGCGAUCUGCUCCGCACCUACAAGCAGAGGAUCUCGGCGUUGGAGGUGGUCGAGGAAUCGCCUGAAUCCGAUGGGAUCUUCGAGGACGGCAGCGGCGAUGGCAUGAGGCUGGUGCAGUUGCUCAUCUCGUGCGCCGAGGCGGUGGCGUGCCGCGACCGGGCGCAGGCGUCGGCGCUGCUGUGCGAGCUCAAAGCCAGCGCGCUGGUCCUCGGCACUUCGUUCCAGCGCGUGGCGUCUUGCUUCGUGCAGGGCCUCUCAGACCGCCUUGCGCUCGUGCAGCCGCUCGGCGCCGUCGGCAUUGUCGGCCCCGCCACCGUCCCGCCACUGGCGCUCGAGAAAAAGGCCGAGGGGCUGCGCCUUGCCUACGAGCUGUGCCCGUACCUCCAGUUCGGGCACUUCGUGGCCAACGCCUCCAUAUUGGAAGCCCUUGAGGGAGAGAGCUCCGUCCACGUGGUGGACCUCGGCAUGACCCAGGGGCUCCCCCAUGGCCACCAGUGGCGGCAGCUGCUCGAUAGCCUCGCCGGCCGGGGCAGCCCACCGCCCCGCCGCCUCCGCAUCACCGGCGUCGGCACCCGCGUCGAGCAUCUGCAGUCCAUCGGCGACGAGCUCAAAUCCUACGCCGCGAGCCUGGGCAUACACCUCGAGUUCCUCGUCCUGGAGAGCAACUUGGAGAACCUGAGGACCGACGACUUCGAGAUCGAGCAAGGCGAGGUCGUCGUCGUCAACAGCAUCCUGCAACUGCAUUGCGUCGUCAAGGAGAGCCGAGGGGCGCUCAACUCGGUGCUGCAGGUGAUACACGAGCUGUCGCCUGCGGUGCUGGUCCUGGUGGAGCAGGACUCGAGUCACAACGGCCCCUUCUUCCUGGGCAGGUUCAUGGAGGCGCUGCACUACUACUCGGCGAUCUUCGACUCGCUCGACGCCAUGCUGCCCAAGUACGACACGAGGCGCGCGAAGGUGGAGCAGUUCCACUUCGCGGAGGAGAUCAAGAACAUCGUGAGCUGCGAGGGGCCGGCGAGGGUGGAGAGGCACGAGCGGGUGGAUCAGUGGCGUCGCAGGAUGAGCCGCGCCGGAUUCCACCCGGCACCCAUCAAGAUGAUGGCUCAGGCGAAGCAGUGGCUGGCGAAGUUUAAGCCUACUGAGGGAUACACCAUUGCCGAGGAGAAAGGGUGUCUUGUGCUUGGUUGGAAGUCGAAGCCCAUCAUCGCAGCUUCUGGCUGGAAAUGUUAAGACAUCGAAGCACUUCAUCCUUCUCAUAUUUGGUUGCUGCUGCAGCAGUAGCCUAUUGUUCUUAGUUGCAGAA